CCUCCUUUAAAUGGAACGACUCACGGUUACUUUGUUCAUUCUGCUGAAAUAAUCUAAGCCACUGGGGAUUUUCUCAUCACAUUAUCCUGCAAUCUUUGUUUAAAACAAGUAAAUCAUGCCUUCAGUGCCUCCCACUAAAGAGAAAGAUCUCUCCAAACCUGCCUGCCCCUUUGCUGGCAAAAUGACUAGCAGCAGCACCAGCGUUAGUGACGGAGGUUUCAAGACAAACGGGAAUGAGAGUACCGAGAAUAACAUCGAGAAAUGGAUUCGUCCUGACCUUCCCAGCAAGUGCACAUGGAGCCUGGGAGCACCGCACACUGAUUCCCCACACACACACAUGAUCAGAACAAGUACUCCAAGCAUCCUACCCAACAUCCUGAGAAAGAUUGGGGACACACCAAUGGUACGGAUUAACAAGAUCAACAAGAAAUUCGGGCUCAAGUGUGAGCUUUUGGCGAAGUGUGAGUUCUUCAAUGCUGGCGGCAGUGUUAAAGACAGGAUCAGUCUGCGCAUGGUUGAGGAUGCUGAGAGAGCAGGCAUCCUCAAACCUGGAGAUACCAUCAUAGAGCCUACUUCUGGAAACACUGGUAUCGGCCUCGCUCUGGCUGCUGCGGUGAAGGGCUACCGCUGCAUUAUUGUCAUGCCUGAAAAAAUGAGUAUGGAAAAGGUGGACGUGUUGAGAGCUCUAGGUGCAGAGAUAGUCCGCACACCCACCAGUGCCCGUUUCGAUUCCCCGGAAUCCCAUGUUGGUGUGGCUUGGCGCCUGAAGAACGAAAUCCCCAAUUCUCACAUCCUGGACCAGUACCGCAAUCCCAGCAACCCACUGGCUCACUAUGACACCACCGCUGAGGAAAUUCUAGAGCAAUGUGAUGGAAAAGUAGACAUGCUGGUAGCAGGUGCUGGCACUGGGGGAACCAUCACUGGUGUAGCCCGCAAGCUGAAGGAGAAAUGCCCCAAUAUUAAGAUUAUUGCUGUCGACCCAGAGGGAUCAAUUCUGGCCGAACCGGAGGAGCUAAACCAGACAGAUAAGACGCAGUACGAGGUGGAGGGCAUUGGAUACGACUUCAUUCCAACUGUGCUCGACCGAUCAGUUGUCGACUGCUGGUACAAAUCCAAUGAUGAGGAAUCAUUCAGUAUGGCUCGUAUGCUUUUAAGAGAUGAGGGCCUGCUUUGCGGUGGCAGUUCAGGCACAGCCAUGGCAGCAGCGGUGAAGAUGGCUAAAGAGCUGAAGGAAGGGCAGCACUGUGUGGUCAUCCUUCCUGACUCCAUCCGCAACUACAUGACCAAAUUCCUGAAUGACAACUGGAUGUUCCAAAAAGGCUUUCUCACUGCAGAAGACUUCAUCGUUAGGAAGCCCUGGUGGUGGAAUCUCAGGUUACAGAGUUUGAAUCUUUCGGCUCCUCUGACUGUGUUGCCCACGGUCAGCUGUCAAAAAACAAUCAAGAUUUUAAAAGAAAAGGCGUUUGAUCAAGCGCCAGUCGUGGAUGAGGCAGGGGUCAUUCUUGGUAUGGUCACCCUGGGAAACAUGUUAGCCUGUGUGCUAGCCGGAAAAAUCAAACCAUCUGAUCCCGUCAGCAAAGUGAUCUACAAACAGUUCAAACAGAUUUGUCUAACUGAUAACCUCGGGAAACUCUCGCGGAUCCUGGAGACGGAUCACUUCGCGCUGGUGGUGCACGAACAGAUUCAGUAUUUAACAGACGGGUCGACCAUAAUGAAGCACAUGGUGUUUGGAGUAGUGACCGCCAUUGACCUGCUCAACUUUGUUACCGCUCGUGAAAAACGUGAGCGAUCCAUAUCCGAAUGCACAGAUGACGCAUGAGAAACAAGUGUCUUCAUCCAGCCAUACGUCAUUUCUAAGAAUUUUUUUUUGCUUCUUAAAUAAUUGGGCUUAAAUUUAGCAAUCGAUUUAAAAGUACUAAAACUGAGAAGUUAAAUUAAAAGGUAAAUUUCCAAUUUUGGAUCUUAAAUUGUAUGUUAAUUGUUGAUCACAUGUACAAUUACAACAAACUAAAACAUGUGUAGAAAAACAAAAUGAAUAUACCGUAUAAAAA